AUGAAAGAAUCGCAAUGCAACAAGAAAGAAAAUGAAAGAGCCAUUUCGUUUGGAACAGGUACUUUACACUCACUCGUCGUUAACCACCUUCAACUUUUCCCUAACACCACGAAACGUCGCUACACACAGCUUAAGAGCAGCUAUGGAGGAGAACGGAAUGCAGAAGGGGUGGAGCAGCGAAAAGAGUUAACAGAGGAUUUUGAUGGGCCGUCGGGCUCAGCUCCUAUCCAACCCGAACGAGCCAUAAAUGGGUCAACUGUUGCUAAUCGGAG